GUUCAAGUUGCCAUAGCUGCGAGUCCGGGGAGAGCGGAGUCGGUUGCGCCGAAGCCUUUGGAGUUCCAUCAGAUGCAGUUUGAACAUCUUUUAUUGCUCAAAGUAAUUGAAAUUAAUAGCAGAAGACUUUGCAUGCUUAUACCAGUGAAAUUCAUGCUGGAAAGUGUGAUUCUUUCUCAUAAAAGUAUGUAAUUCUACUUGGGGAUUUGCAUGUAUCAAUGGCAGAAUCAACCAGUGAUUCAGAUCGCUUCCGCUAUCGUGACCGUGUGAGUCGAUGGGCUGCCAGAUCGAUUCCAACGGAAACCAGAAGUCAUGCUACAGUAGAUGUCACUGAGAAGGUCAAUACUAUAACAAGUACUUUACAGGAUACUAGUCGGAACCUUCGACAAGUGGACCAGAUGCUUGGGCAAUAUCGAGAAUAUAGUAAUGGACAGGCUGGUGUUGUUGAACAUUUAAGAGAAUCCUUGGAGAAAUCAAUAAACCAACUGCGGAGUCAACGCUUACAGAGAAACUCAGGGGGGAGAAGUAUUUCUGUUACAAGUGUGAGUACAAGUGACCUCGAUGGUGGCACUGUGACAGAGAGCCACAAUUUUCCACCUACCUCACCUCUUAAGGAAUAUGAUCCACUGGGGACCAAACGAAGUAAGUCCAGAACUGGUGUCCGGUUUGUUCGCCAAACUGAUGACAUGACCCAGCUUCAUAGCUUUCACCAGUCCCUCCGAGACCUCAGCAGUGAACAAGUUCGCCUUGGAGAGGAUUUCAACAGGGAGCUUUCCAGGAGAAGCCGAUCGGAUGCUGAAACAAAAAGGGCUUUGGAAGAAUUGACUGAAAAACUUAGUGAAUCCCAGAAACAAGAUGUGGUUUCAGAUCGGGUGGAGCGACGGCUUCAGGAAAUAGAAAGAGAGAUGCGUACAGAAAGAGAGCUGGUGGAAAGACGUCAGGACCAGUUGGGACUUAUGUCCUUGAAGCUGCAGGAGGCAUUGAAGAAACAAGAAGCUAAAGCAGAGGAAACUGAGGGAAUAAUGAAAAAUAAGCUACAGCAAACUGAAACUGAGAAGAGUCAACUGGAACAGGAAUUGGAGCUAUCUCGCAGGCUAUUGAAUCAAUCAGAAGGCAGCAGAGAAAUACUUUUGCAUCAGGUAGAAGAACUACGUACACAGCUCACAAAAGCAGAAGGUGACCAGAAGGGUUUACAACAUCAGAUUUCCAAGCAGCGUUUAAGCCUUCAGGAUGAUCAAGAUGACUGGAGGUUUAGAAGAGGGAUAGAGAGAGAAAAACAGGAUCUGGAGAAGCAGAUGUCAGAUCUGAGAGCACACCUGAACUUCAAUUCAAUGGCAUCUGAGUUGGAGGAGGUGAAGCGAUGCAUAGAGCGAAAAGACAAGGAGAAAGCAAAUUUGGCAGCACAAAUAGAGGAUCUAGCACGUGAAUUGGAGAACAAAGAAAAACAACAGCUGCAGAUGUUGGAUCGACUUAAGGAGAUCGAGAGUCACUUUGAUACAUGUGAGGCUGAGCGUAAGCAUGCUGACCUCCAGAUCUCAGAGCUGACUCACCACGCUGAGGAUGCAACUAAGCAGGCCGAGCAGUACCUCAGUGAGUGCCAGCAGGCAGAGGCCCUGAGAGAGGAAGCAGAGAAGAGGCGAGAAGACCUGAAAAUGAAAGCUCAAGAAACCAUUAGGCAAUGGAAGCUUAAGUAUAAGAAGUUAGAGCGAGCAAUGGAAAAACAAUCUGAAACUCUCGAUCAACUGACUGAUAAGAAUAAUCAGAUUCUAAAAGAAAAGGAUGACUUGAAAAAUCAGCUUUAUGUAGCAUUACAACAAAUAGAGAAGCUUAGAAAGGAACUGAAUGAUGUUUUGACCAAGCGUGCCCACCAAGAGGAAGAGCUUCACUCUAAGGAGAAGAAGCUAAGUGAUAUUCAGUCUCGUCAAACUGACCUUGAAGUAGAAGUCAAGAGUUCCCUGGAUACCAUCCAUAGACUAGAAAGUGAAUUGAAAAGGCAGAAUAAGACUCAAAACCAGAUUAAAGUUGAGAAAGCUCACCUAGAGGAAGAAGUUACAAAACUAAGGAGGAGCCAGGCUGAGGAUAAAGCAAAACUUCUUGAGAUGCAAGAGUCCAUCAAAGACUUGAGUGCCAUCCGAGCAGAUCUUGCUAAUAAAUUGGCUGACGAAGAGAGAGCCAAGAAAGCCGUGCUUAAGGACCUCUCUGACCUCACUUCUCAGACAAAAUCCCGAGAUGAAGAAACCUCUACUGUCAUCAAUCAGUUAAAGCUAGAACGAGAUGUUCACCAGAGGGAACUGGAAGAUCUCACCUCAUCACUGCAGAGUGUGAAAAUUAAACAUGAGCAAAAUAUCCAGGAGCUGAUGAAACAUUUUAAGAAAGAAAAGAGUGAAGCAGAGAAUCACAUUAGGACACUGAAGGCAGAGAGCUUAGAAGAUAAGAAUAUUGCUAAAGUUCAUCGUUGCCAACUAGAGAAGUUGAAAUCACAGUGUGAAAGACUCACAGAGGAAUUAUCCCAGAAUGAAAAUGAGAACAAAAAACUCAAGCUAAAGUACCAGUGCUUGAAGGAGCAAUUAGAAGAAAAGGAAAAGCAUAUAAGUAAUGAAGAAGAACACUUACGGAGAAUGGAAGAGGCCAGAUUGCAACUCAAAGAUCAACUUCUUUGUCUGGAGACUGAACAGGAAUCCAUUCUUGGCGUGAUAGGAAAGGAAAUUGAUGCAGCCUGUAAAACUUUCUCUAAGGAUUCAAUGGAGAAAUUGAAAGUUUUUUCAUCUGGUCCUGAUAUACAUUGUGAUCCACAUCGCUGGUUAGCAGAAAGCAAGACUAAACUUCAAUGGCUCUGUGAGGAACUGAAAGAGAGAGAAAACAGAGAGAAAAACCUGCGACACCAGCUGAUGCUCUGCAGACAGCAACUCAGAGAUCUGACGGAAAACAAGGAAUCUGAGCUCCAGUGUCUCUUUGAACAGAUAGAAAGGCAGGAGCAGCUUCUGGAAGAAAUACACCAGGAGAAGAGAGACUUGGUAGAAGAGACACAAAGGAAAGACGAAGAAAUGGAAUCACUGCAGCCGAAUCUACUGUAUAAACUUCCACCCUGGGAAGACGGUAGUCAGACUGCAGUGAAAAAUCAGAAUGAAGUUCAUUUUGAAGAAAAAGCAGACCGUGUAAAUGCAUUGGAAACGAGUACCCGAGUGGCCUUGGACCAUCUGGAGUCUGUGCCUGAGAAACUGAGCCUCCUGGAUGAUUUCAAAGACUUUAGAGAUUUCCGCUGUUUAUCAGAGAGAACUGAUGGGAGAUAUUCCAAAUACAAAGCUUACAGAGAUUCUCUUCAACAGCACCAAGAUGACAAGUACAGAAGCAAAUCCUUCAAAGAUGACAGAAGGUUCUUAGCAAGUUCCCAUGGUCCUGGGUUAGAUCACUCAUUGUCUUGGCAGGAUUCUGGUCGGUUCCUGUCUAGUCCUCGAUUUUCACACUUCAACUCUUUGCCAGCAUUUACCAAAAGAACUGUUACUCCAGACUCAGCUUCAAUCAAGGGAGAUGUUGCAAAUUUACCAUUGAGUAGAACAAGCUCACAAUCCAAGAAGGACGAAUAUGAGAGCAAAAAAAGCAAAAUGUAAUUAGUUAUUUUAUUUGAGUGUUUUAAGAAUAAUAGCUUAUCUGUCCUUUGCUGCCAUUUGGACCUGAUUGUCUAACAUACAUACCUGUGGCUUUGGCUCUUUGCUAUUGCCAAAUGUUGACUAAAAUGAAAAUAUACUUAAGUCUUUGUGAAUGACAAAGUUAACCAAAAGUGAAUGAUAUUACCAAAGUAAUAGCAACUUAUGAAUGAUAGGCAGCUAACUAAAUGGCAACAUGCCAAUAGAGAAAGAUAUAUUUUCACUUUGUAUUUCCCUUUUAUAAAAUGUGGUCAGUUACAAUUUCCUGACCAAAACUUGGGUUUAUAAUUGAUGCCUUUCAAAAAUUACUGGCUAAAAGAAGAAAAAUGAGUUCUCCUUUAGGCAAAAGUUGCCAGCACUUUAAAUUCAGGGAGCAUUUAUAUACAAUUAAUUUUUCAAAUGCGUUCUCCCUUAUUAAUUAUCAUGUGUUGUAACAUGUCAUGGAGAUUUGCAUAUGUCAUAUUAACUCUCUUUGUAAAUGCUCAGGACUGUUAAUGUCCAUCAUCUAGCAGUCUUAUUACCAUAGGAAGUACCUUAAAAUGAUUUCUAAUCAUCCGUUUUUAAUAGCAAUAAAGAAUUUAUAAAUAAUAUCUGAAUUAUAGAGUACUGUAAAGAAUUCAGAGCACAGUUUAUUUAUUUGUCUUUUUGUCAAAUAUCCCACAUAUCCCAAAGAUGGCCAUAUACUGGACCAUCUUUCAUUUAAUGUGACCAAGGUUACAGCGCCAAACUCCUGAGUCUGUGAGGUUCACUCUGCAAGAGCUCUUGUAGAAUUUGGUACUAUCCACCUGCUUUUUACAUCCCAGCUCUUCUCAACAUCAAAGUGUUUUUAAGACCUUAUCCUUUUUGCUUGCUCAUCUACCAGUGGAGAAAGAGUUAAAUCAAAUGUAGAACAAUGGUAAAUAUCUACAAACUCAGUCCUACUGGUUCAUAAUAGAAAGACUGCACAGAGACAAGGACAAUAAAGCAAUUCCUUAGUAA